UUCUUUUUUUUAAACAAAAACAAAACAAAACAAAUGUAUUACUUUCCGGCCCAACUCCGGACACUUUCUCAACCCAAUUACCCCAACAGCUCACGACGGAACCCUUGAAUCUCCAAUUUUUUCAAUUAUCGAAACCCCUAAUAUUUCAAAACUUCGAAAUCCCAAUUUCGUAGACUGAAAACCUAAUUGAAUCGUAAUGGCAUCGCAGAAGAAGGAAUCGGAGGGAAUCGCUCUACUGUCUAUCUAUGGCGACGACGAAGAUGAAGACAUGGAAGAAGUUGAAGAAGAACAAAGGGAAGAAGAUGCACAAGAACACAGACCUGAAUCACAUAACUUAGGCUUUACAAUGGGCACAGAGUUCCAAGAUGAUAGCAAAAAAGUUUUCGGGUCUGAUUCAGGUCGGAGUUCGACUCCUUCACCUCUAAUUCAACAACUUCAGCAACAACAGUCUGUUGAAAAUUUCACACCUAGCAAGGUUUCGAAUUUUGGUGUUGGUUCUACCACUACGACGCCAUUAGCGUCCGUUUCUUCCCCAAAUCCUCAGCCAAUGGAGAUGAAUUUGAAUGUGAAUGUGAGUAGACGAGCAAGGCUAACUAUUGUUGAUUAUGCUCAUGAUGAAGUUACCAUGUCACCGGAGCCUGAGGAAGGAGAAGUAAUGGCUAGUGGAAGAGUCAUGUAUGGAGCGGAACUUCAAACUGCUAGUGUUGAAUUUAUGGAAAAGGCUUCACCAGCUCUUCAGGUUAGAACACCUAGUGCUCAAACCCCUCCUCAGUCAGCUGAGCCAACUGAACAAUUGGAUGAUACUAUGGACUUUGCUGUUAAUGAAGGACAUGGAGUUGCUGAAGAAUCUGUUAUGGUUCCUGCAGAAGAACAAAAAGAGUUAGAUCUGUUGGAGAAAUUUCUUCCUCCUCCACCAAAGGAGAAGUGCUCAGAUGAAUUGCAAGAGAAGAUCAUGAAAUUCCUUGCUCUGAAGAAGACUACUGGCAGAAGCUUUAAUGCAGAAGUACGCAACAGAAAGGAGUAUCGGAAUCCAGACUUCUUGCUGCAUUCAGUGACUUAUCAAGAUAUUGACCAGAUAGGAUCUUGCUUCAGCAAAGACGUAUUCGAUCCGCAUGGAUAUGACAAAAGCGACUUCUAUGAUGAAAUAGAGGCUGACUCAAAGCGUGAAAUGGAGAGAAGGGAGCAAGAACGGAGGAGGAGUCCAAAAGUUGACUUCAUAUCGGGAGGAACACAGCCUGCACCGAUGGUUCCUACACCAAAAAUCAAUCUGUCGAUUCCAGGGAUGGCUCCUGUUGCUGCUGGUGCAUUACCGCCCACUGUAGAUGUUGUAACUCGGGAUGGUAGACAGAACAAAAAGUCGAAAUGGGACAAGGUGGAUGGUGAUCGGAGAGACCCUGUUUCUGCUGUUGGUGCACAUGCAGCACUUCUAUCAGCUGCUAAUGCUGGUGCUGGUUACACUGCAUUUGCGCAACAAAGACGUCGGGAGGCAGAAGAGAAGCGACCUAGUGACAAGAAGUUGGAUAGAAGAUCUUGAAAAUCUAAUUAGACAUGCGACUCCUGAAAGCUAUUGACCCUUUCCAACACAUCCAGUCAUGCACAAGUGUUGGCACAAAGAAAGCAGUUAGAGCAACGGGUGCCUCAUUUAGAAAGACAAAUUACUGUCAACUCUGAAUAUUCCCAUAUACUGUAUAUACCCAGUUUUUGUUUAGUAGUGAAGUCGAUUACAGGUUUUAAAGUUAAAGGAGUGUAGAGUUUUCAAUAUAAAGCUGGGGAGAAAAAAAAUGUACAAGUCUUCUUUUGGCCAUGUGCGCCAUAGAUUGCAAAUUAUUAAGUUGUACUCUUUGACUAGAGUCCUAAAAGAGCUGAAAUUUUUUUAAUGUACUUUGAAAAGUUAGAGAUGCCUUGUUUUGUUGA